AUGGCUCAUUGUACUACGAGUGUUUCUUGGUUUAUAAGUAAAUUUGUCUUUAAUUUAUUCACAAUAAUUUUUGUCUAUGGUGGUUUUUUAAAAGAAAAAAGAAUUGAAUGUUUGUGCGCAGCAGCUGAGAGAGAUCACAAAAGACAACUUUUAAAAGGAGAAGAAAAAUCAAGAAGUCGCUGUAUGUGUCAUCGUUGGCGGUCUUCUGUGUAUCCAUGUGGCUGCAAAAGGAAGAAAGUAUUUGAGGACUGCGUUGGUGACUUGAGAUGUGAAGUUACAAAACAAGAGGAAGUGUCGCGGAAUAAAUGCUGUUGUGGAAAAUAA